AUCACGUGGCCUUUUGUCCCGCUACGUGUAAUGACAGCUUCACCUUCGCGAUCUAACAACUGUGUACAUCUGUUAUGUAUGCCGUAUCACAGGUGCAUUUGUACCACAUCUCGGCACACAAUACAUCGAUUUCACUCUAAGUGAUCAGCAACUCAAAACUCCUUAGAACUUCUCAGCAAGAUCGUGGAUGAUAUAAUAUCCUGAGUGGUGUUUUAGAAACUUCAGUUUCUGCAGGAUUUAUUAGAGUUGUGAUAUUUAGAGAGGAAUUUUGAAGAGGUGAAAAUGGGGUGUUCAGGUAGUACGCAAACGAAGCAACAAAGUCCGAAGCACAACAACAGCGCACCGGCACCGCAGCAGAAGGCGCCGGCGGCCGAAGAGCCGAUCGUCCCCCAGAAACAGACCCAGGAGGGUGUCAACAGCACCACGCUACCGCCCACGGACAAUAAACACAUAGAAGACCAAACCACAGUAUCUCCCAAGGAGCCCGAGCCGGAGAAGGAAGAAGAAAAGAAAGAUGAAGAGAAACCCACGGAGGAGAGCAAGACAGAGCCUGCUGAUACAAGAACAGAAGAACCUGCAAAAGAACAAGAGCCUGCUGCACAGGAGGAAGUGAAGGAAGAGGCUGCGGAGGAGAAGACCCCUGAACAACAGGAGGCAGAACCAGCUGAGGUGAAAGCCACAACAGAGGUAGAUGGGGAUUCUCCGCCUUCAGAAACGUGUGCAGAAAAUGGAGAGUUGAUACAUGAAACGGCAGUUGCGUCUGAGGAGCCCAAGGAAAGUGCACCGGCUGAGACCCAGGACUUGGAACAAUCACAAACUGAGCAAUUAACGGACACGCAGGCAACCGAGGAGGCGCAUCAGGAUGCGGCAGAGGGACAGGAGGGGGUGACAGAACCCACAACAGAACCCACAGCAGAACCCACAGCAGAACCCACAGCAGACCCCACAACGGAACCCACUACAGAACCCCCGACAGAGGAGGGUGGGGAUGCCAAGACAGACCAAGCCACGGAAGAUGCAGAAGCCUCUUAAGCCAGCAGAUAUCGACACCCAGCAAGAGUACGGAUAGGAGGAACAAUCCAGCAUCCAAAAAGGAAGGAUUUUUUUAACGAGUGUAAAUAUUUUUUUUGUAUAUGAAAGGGCCACUUUUAUUGCAAGAGGAAGUCUUUGUAUAUAUUUUGUGUACAAGAGACAGAUAUGGUUGCCCACACUGUGAAAAUUCAUGUUAGAUGUAAAAUUUAAAAAAGUAGCUGCACGCCAGAACAUCUCUGAAGGGUUGAAUGAAAAUCGGCCUCCCCUUCCCAAUCUAUAAGCCCCUCCCCUAGAAAUCACCCACUUUCUUAAAAUGUCACGCAAGAGACAAAAAAAAACCUCAAA